AGUGCCUGUCACUCACCGCUAAUGGGAAACCUCAGGUUAGGUAGCGCCGCUGUUCCGCCUCCUUCAAACUGGCAAGCCGCUGUAGUUAGCAGCAGCACGGCGAAUGUUACUUUGAAUAUCCACUCAUUGAAUGAAAGUCAGGGGCAGGCUGUGGCCAGUUGCUGCAAACACGCCAAGGUUUUCUUACAGGGUGGCUUGUGGACGAUUGGCGACACUGUGCGAGCAUUAGUGCGACUGGUACACCCCGACAGAAAGAGGUUAAAGGCGGUUGUGGAAGGGAAAGGAGCAGGGGGAAGACUGCGCGGCGUGUGAAGCAAUGCAGCGGGUCACGGCGCAACUCGUCGCCGGGCUGCUGGCAGCGAUGCUGUCUCUGCUGUCCGAGCAGUGCUGGGCAGACGGCGGGGGCCCCAGCCUCGCAGAGCGGGUUAUCUGGGCUGUGAACGCCGGGGGAGACUCGCAUGUGGAUGUGCACGGUAUUCAUUUCAAGAAGGACCCUUUGGAAGGGAAAAUUGGCAAAGCAUCUGAUUAUGGGGUGCGUCUGCCAAUCCUACGCUCCAGUCCCGAGGACCAGAUUCUCUACCAGACGGAGCGGUACAAUGAAGACACUUUCGGGUAUGAUGUCCCCAUUCGUGACGACGGAGACUAUAUACUAGUCAUGAAAUAUGCAGAGGUUUACUUUGCACAGUCGCAGCAAAAGGUGUUUGAUGUCCGUGUAAACGGCCACACAGUGGUUAAGGACCUGGACAUCUUUGACCGAGUGGGCCACAGUACCGCUCACGAUGAGAUAGUACCGUUCUCUAUUAAAAAAGGCAAGCUAAGCGUGCAAGGCGAGGUGUCCACCUUCAAUGGCAAGCUCACGGUGGAGUUCGUAAAGGGUUACUAUGACAACCCCAAGGUCUGUGCGCUCUACGUCAUGAAGGGGACUUUAGAAGAUGUACCGAAGCUUCAGCCUCACCCCGGCCUGGAGAAGCACGAGGAUGACGAGGAAGAGGAGGAGGAAAGCGAAGCAGGCGAGGAAGGUGGGAAGAAAAAGGUCCAGCCGGGCUCCAAGUACAGGGUCCAGUCGGGCCCCCGGACGCCGAACCCCUACGCAGCCGACAACAGCAGCCUAAUGUUCCCCAUCCUGGUGGCGUUCGGAGUCUUCAUCCCCACACUGUUCUGCCUCUGCCGGCUGUGAGCUGAAACUAACCAAGGGAGGGGGGGCAGAGACGCCAGCAGGCAGAGCAUGGAGAGAGAGAGAGGAGGGGGAAUGAUGGAGAGGAGGUCACCGUGACAACAGCAGCACAGGUACAAGCAUCCACACAGGAGAGGGAGCCAAAGGCCGGAGGAAAAUCAUGACGGAGGACAGAAAAAAAAAAAAAAAAAAAAAAAAAAGACAAGUUAUUGGAAAGCCACUGCCAGACGAAGCGAAGCGACGCUUUAUUAGGAAAACGACAAAAAAGAGAUGUGGGAAGUGUAUUCUGCUCGCUUCUUCGAAUGUGUUUCGCAUCCACCUCUGCUGACACUUUUAUUUUUUUUCUUUUUGAACAAUCUUAGUCAUUUCCAUUUAAAAAAAAAAACUAAAAAAAAAAAAACAAAACAAGAAACCGGCUGGGCAGGAUGUCCUGCCGUCAUGCAAGAAGCCACAGCUCUGCAGCUCAGAGAUGCUCAGGAGCGAUUUGGGUCUGGGCCAGUUUUUGUACGGAGCGCAUGCUCCCUCACUACUCCUGCUCAGCAUCCGGUCAGACGCGUUCGGCUCAAAUUGGAAACGGUGCUGCUUGGAAAUUGGGUAUCUAGAAUAGAAAGUGUGAGUGAGAUGGUUCGUGUGUGUGCGUGUGUGUGCGUGCGUGCGUGUGCGUGUGUGGUUUUUUUGUUUGUUCAGAUCUAGCUGGCCUUCUGUCAUCUACCUGCCAUGCGUCGCUGAAAGACGGAGGGAGUUACGCUUGAACCAGCUCCGUAGCUGGCACUUUGUUUGCUGUCCUGGCCUCGACAUCAACACAUUUUAUCGCGGUGCGUUAAAAUGCAUUAAAAACAAAACCGUCUUUGGAGUCGUUUUCACCAGACUCUGAUUUGUAGUUGUUAGAAAUACCCAACGCAUUUUAAGUUGAUUACCGCUCCGAACGUGGAUCCGUCAGGAAUUUGUCAUUGUUCAGAGACAAAGUUUAUGCUGUGAAAUGCUGAAGUAUCCAUAAAGGUCAUACAGGUGCAGCUCAAUAAAUUAGAUGACCAUAGAAAACAUGUAGUUCAGAAAUUUGGUUCUAAAAGUGAAACUCGUGUAGAUUCUUUAAAAAAAAAAAA